CUACUGGAUCUUCCCACCGAGCUGCUGUCGCAGGUCGUAGGCCACCUCGACUACCCCGACUCACUCUCGCUCAAGCUCACCUGCCGAUACUUCAACCACACAACUGAACACACCGUUCGCGAACGAGUCGGAUGGCUCAUCGCCAGAAUAGAGGUCGGCUUGCCCAUUCCUCAGUCGCAGCAGUGCAACAUGAAGACCGAUGUCGGUUUCACGGCGAGCGCCGAGGUUCGCCGCAUAUUGCGCGAUCGCCGGACGCAUCUCGAAUGC